UCCUCGCUUCCUCCCUCCUCGCUUGUCUUCCUUCUACUUUGUUUUCUCUUUUGUCUGGCUCCACCAGUGCCGGAGGGACACAGUCAACUGAAUCAAAAAAAAAAAAACGUGAAACGAGUCCGGGUGACUGAACUAACUGGGAGGGUUUCGCCGAAAGGGGCAAAAAUACAGAAGCCCCCCUCCUUUUGCGAAACAGCACAGGAGCGCACAAUUCGGGCUCCCGUCGCCUCCACAAAACCGAGGCGGCUGGGUUACUAAAGGCGCUGCUGAUGCUGCGUUAUUCUCAAAAUCUUGUUCGUGUCGCCCGGACAAAAGCGCCGGCGACGUGGAGGUUAUCGCCAUUAAUAGGGAGCGCCGAAGAGGUCUGAUCGUGGGCAUAAUUCUUGAUCAGUGAGAUGACUCGGUAGUUCCGUUGUUUGGACACGGUACUGCGGUUCGCAUCUUGCCACACGCUUUCUUUCAGCUUCUGCUCAGCAUCCAUAUUUUUCGCAUCUCUGUAGCUGUAGGGAGUGGCAGGGCUGCUGUUGAUCUGCGCGAACCGCCGGCUCUCGGUCCACACUCGCUCCCUUUCCGCAGGAGCAAAGCAGGGGCUGCUGGCUUUCGGACGGGUUGCCGCGGCACCUUGGAUGUUUGGAGGUGACAAUGAGGGGGGGUGGCCAACACCGUGAGGCCUGACAUGCUGACCGAAGCCUCCAGAAGUAGGGAAUUUUCUUGAGCACCCGUAUCCAGAGACGAGCGAUGAGCAUGCUGAAGCCCAGCGGGCUGAAGAUCCCCGGCCGGGGUCCGAAGCACUCCAGCCCGGUCGGACGGUCGUCCGCUGGCUCGUCUUCAGGCGCACCAACACAGAAAGAGAGCCCCCCUCACAAACAGGCGGCGGUGACGUCAGGCAGUGCCGCUGAGAAACCGGGCUCCAAGGUGCCAGAGGUUGGCGAUGACGUGCUGGGCGACUUUGUGGUCGGCGAGCGGGUGUGGGUGAACGGAGUGAAGCCGGGCGUCAUCCACUAUCUGGGGGAGACCCAGUUCGCCCCGGGCCAGUGGGCAGGCGUGGUGCUGAACGAGCCGGUGGGCAAGAACGACGGCUCGGUGGGCGGCGUCCGCUACUUCGAGUGCCAGCCCCUGCAGGGCAUCUUCACGCGGCCCUCCAAGCUCACCCGGCAGCUCGCGGGCGAGGGGGGCGAGGGGCUGUCGGCCGACGCGGUGGCGGCGAGCCUGCCGGGUCACGCCGCCCCAGGGGCUGCUCCGGCCGCCCAGCGCGUGGUGAUGCCCCUGCGGGAGAGCGUGCUCAACAGCUCGGUGAAGACGGGCAACGAGUCGGGCUCCAACAUGUCCGACAGCGGGUCCGUCAAGAAAGGGGGAGACAAGGACCUGCGCGUGGGGGACCGAGUCCUGGUGGGAGGGACGAAGACAGGUGUGGUGCGAUAUGUGGGAGAGACUGACUUUGCCAAGGGGGAAUGGUGUGGAGUCGAGCUGGAUGAGCCUUUGGGAAAGAACGACGGCGCAGUGGCAGGAACCAGGUACUUCCAGUGCCCCCCCAAGUUCGGCCUCUUCGCCCCCAUCCACAAGGUGAUCCGCAUCGGCUUCCCCUCCACCAGCCCAGCCAAGGCCAAGAAGAGCAAGCGCAUGGCGAUGGGGGUAUCCUCGCUGGCCCACAGCCCCAGCAGCUCCUCCAUCAGCUCUGUCAGCUCCGUGGCCUCCUCGGUGGGCGGCAGGCCCAGCCGCAGUGGACUGCUGACGGAGACCUCUUCCCGCUACGCACGCAAGAUUUCAGGCACCACAGCCCUGCAGGAGGCACUGAAGGAGAAACAGCAGCACAUCGAGCAGCUUCUGGCUGAGAGGGAUCUGGAGAGGGCUGAAGUCGCCAAGGCAACCAGCCACAUCUGCGAAGUGGAGAAGGAACUGAGCGUGCUUAAAGCUCAGCAUGAGCAGUAUGCCACAGAGACGGAAGCCAACCUGCAACAAGUGCGCACCCUACUGGCCAGUGCACAGAAGGAAAAGGUGGAGCUCGCCAACCAGCUUGAAGAGGAAAAAAGGAAAGUGGAGGAUCUUCAGUUCAGGGUGGAAGAGGAGUCCAUCACCAAGGGAGAUCUAGAGACUCAGACGAAGUUGGAGCAUGCCCGCAUACGGCAGCUCGAGCAGAGUCUGCAGCUCGAAAAGUCAAAAGCCGAGAAACUGCAGAAAGAAUUAGAGGAAAAGAGGCAAACCACCGUGGAGGAGAAGAGCCGGGUCCUCCAGCUGGAGGAGGAGUUGGUUCUGCGAAAAGCGGAGGUUGAGGAGCUCCAGCAGAGGCUGAGGACCCCCGGCCUGGCUGAUUCGGGAGACCCGGGGCCGGGGGUCAACACCGAGGCCUUCCUCCUGCGGGAGCAGCUCCUGGCGGCAGACCGCGAGCACCACAGAGAGAGCAGUCAGCUGCGGGAGAGAUAUGAGACAGCCCUGAGCGCCAGCCAGAAGGAGGGCGAGCGUCUGAGGACGGCCUCAGGGAAGCAGGUCCAGGAGAUCAGCGACCUGAAACAGAAGCUUCAGCAGGCCACCCGAGAAAACAUGGAGAUGAUGGACAGCUGGAAGUCCAAGCUGGACAGCCUGGUGUUGGACCACCAGCGUUCACUUGAAGAUCUGAAGGUCUCCCUGACUGCAGACGGCACAGGUGGCCAGCACAAGGAGAUGGUGGAGCUCAAGGCUGCCCUAGAAAGCCUGAAGAUGGAACAUCAGCUGGAGCUGGAAAACCUCAAGGCCAAACAUGAGAUUGAGAUGGCUGUGUUGGUCAAGGAGAAGGAAGACUUCCGGGCCAGACUGCAGGAAGUGCGGGACGAGAUGGAGGAAGGCAACGAAAACUGGAAGAGGCAGACAGAGGCCAAAGCUGGGCAGCAUGCGCUGGAGAUGAAGGAGGCAACCGACAAGCUGAAGAAAGCUGAGCUCCAGCUCUGUGACCUGGAGAAACUCCACAGUGAGUACAAGGAGCAGGCCCAGGCCAUAGAGUUCCUCAAGGAGCAGGUCUCACUGGCCGAGAAGAAGAUGGUGGACUAUGAGACCCUGCAGAAGGCUGAGGUACAGAGCAGGAAGGACAUGAGGACAUUACAGGAGAAGCUGAGGGUGGCUGAAAACCAGCUACAAGCCAUGGAGGCAGACCACACACCUCAGGAUGCCAAUAUGAUAGAAAACAAUGACAUCUCAGAAGAGAAGAUUAAAUUGAAACAGAACUUGGAAGAAGCCCUGGAGAAGCUCACAAAAAGGGAAAAGGAAGUGUCCUCUCUCACAUCCCAGGUCGACGCUCUCAAAUCCCAAGUAGCUGGCCUGGAGAGCAAGUGUCGAUCUGGGGAAAAGAAGGUGGACAACCUUCUACGGGACAAACAGCGGAUAGAAAAAGACCUGGAGGCUAUUACCAGGAAAUCCCAUGAUGCCUCUGGACAACUGGUCCUCAUUAGCCAGGAGCUGCUGAGGAAGGAAAGAAGCCUGAACGAGCUGAGGGUGCUGCUCCUGGAGUCUCCGCGGCACUCCCCUGGCCUGGACAGGGACCUGGGCCGCGAAGUGCACAAGGCGGAGUGGAGACUGAAGGAGCAGAAGCUGCAAGAAGACAUCAAGGGCCUGAGAGAGAAACUACUGCUGCUGGAUCGGGAGAAGUCUUCUCCUGACCACCGCCGGUACUCCAUGAUUGACCCCUCGGCCACGGACACGGAGCUGAGCCGUCUGCAGCAGAGGCUGCUCAGCACAGAGGACGCUCUGCGAAACGCGCUGGAGCACAACCAGCAGGUGGACAAGCUGGUGGAGGCCAUGCGGACUCGUCCGGACAAGACCCAGGCUUUGGGCAGCUCAAAUUCUGCCAAUGGGAUUCACCAACAGGACAAGCCCUUUAUACAGGAGGAAAAGCACUGAUAAAGGAAGAGAAGGUGACAGGAAGAGAAAUCAAGUCACAUGUCUUCAAACUCGAGUCUCCAAAGGCAUCUUCAGAGAGACUAGCCUCACACUGGGACAGUGGAGAAUUGCUCUUCUGACUCACUGGCCUCCUGAAGUUGCUUUAAGGCAUUUUCUAUUUCCAGUUUUACCAAAAUCCUGGGUCUGUGGUUUAGUAUUAAGAAAUAAGUGAUCACCUUUUUGAUUCCACAGACCAAACUAAAUAGCGUGAAAUCUCACAUCCACCUUGAUAUUCCUGAAAACUGUGAUGGAUCAGACUUUUUCAGGGUACAGUUCUCCCCCACCAUAGUUUUCAGAUUUCCGACUGAGAAGCCUGGAAAUUCAGAUGAGCUCUAAUGGCAUUAGUACUGAGUCAGAAAGCUGGAUCCUUGUUUGUCUCACAAUUGACACCAACGACUGGAAGAGCUAUCCCUUCCCUCUCCAAGAGGUGUAAAUUGAUACGUGCGGGUGUGUGUGUAUCACCAAUCACUGGGGCAACCUCAUCAUUGGGAUGGAAUCAGUUUAAUCAAGAUUUUAACUCACACUUGUAUUUUAUUUAUUUCUUGCAAUAGUGAAGCACUUUUCAAGUGUACUCUUCUUAAUCUUAUCUACAUGGGCAUGAGAUUGACACAUGCAGAUUUAGAACAACCUGCAAACCUUUACUUUGUCUACAGGAGCUAUGAGGCCUAACAUCUUUUCCAGUUGGUUCUGUAUCUACAUGUGAAUUAUUUUUGAGGUACUAGAUUUGUCUGAGACUCUGUUUUAUAAGAGUUGAAAUGUUACUGUUAUGGACCUGUGCAUAAUGCUUUAUCCAGCCUGAACUGAAUUCAGCAGUGGAGAUGAACAGUUUAUUCUAAUAACUAACCAUUCUCAACUGAACUCCACUGAACUCUGCAAAACUCUGUGCUCGACUUGACACUGGCAAACCACUGCAAUUUUGUAAUCUUAGAAACUGUCAUAGGAAGGAUGCCUUUUAAUUUAAAAUGUCAGUAUUAAUUGAAAAUCCUUUAGUUCUGAACCUUAAUUAAUGGGUAAAUGUCUUAAUGUGAAGGGUAACCAGGUAGCCAAGUCAUAAUCUCAUCUAAUAGUAUGGCACCAAAAUUUCAACAGAGUCUAUGCUUAUAUGUCUGUCUUUCUACAUUCGGGGAUGUUCUACACAAAAGUGGGCAUUACAGUACAUACAGUACAAGUGAGCAUCAUUCCUUUCAGGAGGCAGGCUGCCAUAAACAUGUUGUGAGGGAAUAGGAUUACCUCCUGAAUGGCAAGUAAAACUCUUGUAACAUAA